CGUCCGUGAGCCUAACAUGAUCCAGCUGUUAAAGUGGGUACUCGAGUUUUCAUGUGAGCGUCCUUUAUCCAAGAGAAGGAAUUUAUCUUUUUUUUGCUCGUACAAUCUAAAUUUAGAUAUGGGAGAUUUAUGGGUUGAUCAGAAUUUCUCUGAAUUCAUACGCUUUCUGCCGCUGCUUGUCUGCAUUGUGUUUGCGGCGGCUACGGCCGUGGCACACCCAUUCUACCCAUUUUUUACUCACACUUUUGUUAUUGAAUCCAAGUCAGUGGAGAGGCUGUGUCAGAAGCAAGAUAUAAUCACAGUUAAUGGGCAGUUUCCAGGUCCAACGCUCUCUGUUAACAAUGGAGACACUCUCAUUGUCCAAGUCAUUAAUAAGGCUCAGUACAACGCCACAAUUCACUGGCACGGAGUGCGCCAGAUGCGUACAGCGUGGUCUGAUGGACCCGAAUAUAUAACACAAUGUCCCAUCCAGCCUGGCGAAAGUUACACGUACAGGUUCACCAUUAGCGGCCAAGAAGGCACUUUAUGGUGGCAUGCACACAGUUCCUGGCUCAGAGCUACUGUUUAUGGCGCCUUAAUCGUUUCCCCCAGAUUUGGCACUUCCUAUCCCUUCACCAAGCCCGCUCAAGAGAUUCCCAUCCUACUAGGAGAGUGGUGGAACAGUAAUCCCAUCGACGUGGUGAAUGAGGCAACGAAAACAGGAGGCGUCCCUAACGUCUCAGAUGCUUUCACUAUCAGUGGACAGCCAGGAGAUCUUUUUCAGUGCUCAAGUUCAGGUACAUUUAGAGCUCGUGUGAAGCCGGGGGAGACUAAUCUUGUGCGUGUGAUUAAUGCUGCACUGAGUGCCGAUCUGUUUGUGGCCAUUGCAGGCCAUGAAAUGACCGUCGUUGGAGUGGAUGCUUCAUAUACAAAACCCUACAAAACUAACAUUCUGGUGUUGGGUCCCGGGCAGACCACAGACGUACUAGUGAAUUUCUAUAAGAAGGAAGGCAGCUAUUAUAUUGCUGCUCGAGCAUAUGCCAGCGGUCAGGGAGUCCCAUUUGACAACACCACCACCACUGCUAUCUUUGAAUAUAGCAAUGGAAGUUCCCCUGCGUUGCCUGAUCUUCCAUUCUAUAACGACACACAUUCCGCCUACAAGUUUUCUUCAAGCCUGAGGAGCCUGGCCUCACAAGAACACCCUGUUUUUGUUCCUCAGACAGUGGAUGAGAGUCUUCUCUACACUGUGGGAUUGGGACUGAUCGACUGCCCAGAACAGUCAUGCGUGGGUCCCAAUGGAACAAGGCUUGCAGCAAGUAUGAACAACCACUCAUUUGUAUUGCCAUCAUCUUAUUCAGUCCUGCAAGCCCAUCACUUCGGCGUCAAAGGAGUUUUCACCAAUGGCUUCCCUGACAGUCCUCCGGUGCAGUUCGAUUACACUGGGCAAAACAUAAGCAGUAGCCUUUGGUUUCCUGUGAGGUCCACUUCUGCAAAAGUGCUGAGAUACAACACAGCAGUGGAGGUAAUUCUUCAAGGGACAAAUAUCUUGGUAAGUGAAAGCCAUCCCAUCCAUCUCCAUGGGUAUGACUUUUAUAUAGUGGGAACAGGAUUCGGCAACUACGAUGCCACAACGGAUCCAUUAAAAUUCAACCUUGUGGAUCCUCCCAUGCGCAACACACUCAAUCUUCCAGUCAAUGGAUGGGCUGCCAUUCGAUUUGUUGCUGACAACCCUGGAACUUGGUUGUUCCACUGCCAUUUGGAUGUGCACAUAGGGUGGGGUUUGGCCAUGGUUUUUGUAGUUGAAAAUGGAGCAGAUUUCAUAUCAACUCUGGAGAUGCCUCCUCCAGAUCUUCCUGCAUGUUAAGGAAAUUUCCAUGAAGUUCUUUGCUCGCUUUGAAAACUCAUUCUAUUCCCCACAGACGAACAGACCAACUGUUCGCUUUCAUCAUUGUUUUUUAAUUUGUCCACUCAUAUCUACCCAUCAAGUUGAUUAUUUACAUUUCUGACUGUUUCCCAUUUGUAUUUCUAUGUCCUUCCUCGGGUAUUUUUAAAACAAGAUCUAAAUGUGAAAGGCAACAAUGCUUUUUCUUAUUCAAUACACUGGAUAUUACUAGGAUUAUGAAUCGUAAAGAACGAAGAUUGGAGAUUAUUGCUCCAUACUAUUCA